AUGGCCAAUAUUGGUAAUCCUGCGCCACAUACGGUCAACGGUUAUGCAGAGAAUGGAAAAUGUCGUCGUAACGUCGUCUUACUCAAAAGUAUAUUUCAAUCUACUGCGAAAGAAGUCAAAAUACAUGAUUCACUCAUGUCUGCUACAACAGCUGUGCGAGGAGCUGGAUUAGUAAACGCUUUGCAAGCUCUGACUGGCACUACGAUGUUUUCACCAACUCACUAUGCUGAUGUUGAUAUCGAGCCAAUUCAGUUUGAACUUCAAGGUGGACAAUCGCGUGAGAUCACUUCGAUUUCGGGCCCCAAAACGAGUCGAUUCUGCUCUACUUCUUGUCUAUUCGGGUUUUAUUUUUGCCACAAAUCAGAUGAGUGGAGAAACCGCUCAUUAUCAUAUGCAGGCGUUGUCGGUGAUUAUGGAAACGCAAGAAUUAUUGUCCGAAAUUCAUCAUCGGUCAUUAUUACAGGAAUUAAGAACAAAAAUGGAAAUUAUAUUACUAACGCGCAAAUAUCAACUGUAAAUCGUGCGUCCAGAGCAAAAAUCAUCGUAGUUUUAGCAUGGUCAACACGGUUGCUUUACGUUAAUGUUAUUCCUGCUGAAGAUAACGUUCAAUUUGAUCCUGAAAUUGGAACAAGAAAGAAUGUCCCGCUCGUUCUGUCCACUUCUGGUUUUGAUAUAGAUAUUUUAUCAUGCUUUGCAUUGUUCAGUAGUCAUAAUCAGCCAAGAAAUGUUCCAGAUUCUGACGUUCAAAAUUAUUCUUCGUUACUCGAAAUACCAUGGUAUGGACGAGUUGAAAGACCAAAUUCGAAUGAUAGUUCGCAGAUGGAAACACAUACUCUUGGUUCAGGUCAUCACAGAAUUCAAUUUGCAGCUUUAAAACACUUUGGAAAUCUUUCGAAGUUCAAUGAUUACGAAAUAUACUGUACGCCUCCAUUCAACUUCGUAUCAUAA